AGGCGGCAGUAAUGCGCGACAUGUGCAAAAGAAUGACAAUAACGUCACGAAGAAGAAAAGGACGCUGCAGUUAUUCUUAAUGUCCGUUUGCUUUAAGUCCUUAUAAAGUGAACAGUCAAAUAUUUUUUGUUUUAAUCUGUUUUGUUUAAUUUAUUUACUACUGCAAAAGGGAAAACAACACAAAGAUGGGGGAGGUGGAGUUGUCCUGUCUGGCUUAUGCCAAAAUGUACCUACAUGCCAGUCAGUUUCCACGCUGCAGUGUGAAUGGCCUGCUAUUGUCCUCCAGUUCAGCAGGGGGAGCUCUAUGUAUCACAGACUGUGUGCCGCUGCUCCACUCGCACUUGUCUUUGGCUCCAAUCACUCAGCUCGCUCUUACCCAGGUUGAUGUUUGGUGUGCACAAACGCAGCAAAGGAUUGUGGGAUAUUAUCAGGCCAAUGCUUGUGUGUCAGACAGCAGGUACUCCAUCUUUUCUUGUUUCUUGAGUUCCUUAUUUUUCACUGCAUUUCACUUUCUCUUACUGUGUUUUUCCAGCCCUACACCCUGUGCGUUGAAGAUUGCAGAGAAGAUCUUUGAGCAGUGUAACAAUGCCGUGUUACUCAUGAUUGAUGGAGAAAAGAUGUUUCCAGGCUGCCGUGUUCCUCCUAUUGUGAUGUAUGAGCGCAAAGAUGCCCGCUGGGCACUCAAAGACAAACACACAAUAAUGCUUCGGCAGUGGGAAGAAACCUGUUCCAUAGUUAAUCAGCUGUUCAGCUCUGGUGAUCAGGCACUAUUGGUGGAUUUUGACAGCCAUUUGGAUGACAUCACAAAAGAUUGGACCAAUCAGAAACUCAAUGCCAAGAUCAUGGAGCUGGUCUCCCCAGCCAAUGGAAAUGUUUAACUAUACAGACUAAAUAAGCUCAUGUCAUAGUUUUUUUUUUUUUUUUUCCUCUGUUGCCUCGAAAUUGUUUAUAAGAUUAUUUGACUGUGUAUUGUGCUUUAUUUUGUCAUUUAUGUUAUAUAAAUGACGUUCCCAUAUAUGCAGAAACUUUUUUUUUUUGUUCAUUAUGGUUUGGUUCUUUGACCCUAAAAAUAAACACACUUACAUUGAGGUGGACAAUGUAAGAUACAACCAGCAUAUUUCCUUACUUUCAUCAUUCUACAUGUCAUAUUUAAAUCAUUUAAUAAGCUUCUUUUUUUUUUUAAGAUCUAUCUAAAAUAAUUCUGUAAUAAAACUAAAAUGUUGUUCUUCAUGUGCUUUCAUUACAUGGGAUUCUCCAGUUUAUAGACUUAAUAAGAUAAACCAUUUUUACAAAUUCAGACUAAAAUGGAAAUAAAUAAAUGAAUAGGAAAUAGAAAAAAAAUGAGAAAUAUGGAAUGGUCUAUAUAUUUCAGAUUUAACUAAAUGAAGGUGAUUGUAUUAAUGACUAACGGCAUGUACACUAAUCAAGUCUCUUUAGAUGGGCAGGUGGUUCCUUACAGAAAAUUGAGAGCAAAUCAAACCGCUCAGAGCAGCAUGAGUGCGUGAUUUCAUUGAAAUGUUUAAUACAAUAUGAGAAUCUUCUGGUGUGUCUGGAGCUUUUAUUUGCUGUUCUUUUUCCGUUGCAGCUGAUGUUUGCAUUUUUUUAAACCUGUAUGAUUUUCUUCUGUGGAACAUAAAAAUAUUUUGAGACA